CAGGGUCGUGACGAACCAUCCCAACCUCUGCAUUUUUGUCGCAUCCUGCUCAACACCAGAGGGCCCUGUCCCGCGUGGCAGGGCCCAUGGUGGCAGACAGGCCGAAUAAAACCAGGCCACGUCCCUCUGACGCACAUGGAGACUUGACCAGUCCUCGUGUCUCUCACCUGCUGCAAGUGAACCACCGUUCCGCGCUCCGUGAUCGAUCGCCAGCUCUACAUCUCCCGUCCCCAAGAGGUUCCACGAUGCGAUCCCCCAGCGUGCCGGCCUCUCUGUGGUUGGCCACCGCGCUGCUCUUUCACAAUGCCGGUGCCCUACCAGUUGCUGGCUUGCGAACGCUAGAGACGACGGCGACGAUCACCACCACAACACCGACGGCUCCCCUCGUAGCUCGCGCGACGUGGUCUGUAGUGCCCAUCAACGGCGGCGGCAGCGGCAAUGGUGGGAGUGGUGGCAGCGGUGGAGGCAACGGCAACGGCAGCGGCUCCGGGAAUGGCACUGGCAGCGGAGGCGGAGGCGGCGAUAAUGGUGGAAGCGACGGCGGCAACGGCGGAGGCGAAGGAGACGUCGACACGACGACCGUCUUCCAGACCGUCACAGCAGCGCCGACACCAAUUACCACCACCACUGUCGUCGAGCAGCCUAGCACCAACACCGUCACACAUGUUGUGCCCACCACAAUCUCCAUCAUUGGCAUCCAGCCCACAACCACACUCCUCGUGACAACAACCGUAGAGGACAAUGACGGCAACACCGUCGUGCCCCAGCCGACAGCCAUCCUCACAACAACAACGACAAACAGCAUCCUCGUCCCCGUCCCGGAACCAACAUUCGUGACAACCAUAACCACGACCGACGCCAAUGGCGCCACAGUCCUCCUGCCCACGACCGUGGUCCUCGUCUCUGCCACCACAGUCACAGAAACAACGGCACCCUCCUCCAACCCGACUGUGGUAAUCCCAGCUCCUGGACCACCGAUCACUACGACCACGACAGCAUCGGCCACAACGACCGCGCUGUCCACCGUCUCCACACAGACAUCCUCAUCGUCGUCUUCCUCCUCAUCUUCAUUGUCUUCUACGAGCAGCAGCAGCAGCACAAGUAUUUUCACCACAACAACUUCUCCCCCAGCGGUAGCAGCCACAAUGACAACGACGACCUAUGACAACGGGCUGUGGCACACCACAUACCCGCCGUGGAACGGGACCCUAGCAUACCGGUUCCGGUCCUAAACGAGAAUGACUUUCAUCCACUUCACUUUUUUUUCGCCAGUGCGGCAUGUAGCCGGCGACGCAAACGACGAGAUAAAGAACACGCGCGGCAGAAUGUCAUGAAAUGACGAGGUGUAUAUACAAGGAGGGACUUGGGGUAUUGUAAUCUCGCUUUUCAGCGAAACACGUCUUUCCUCAAUGAGAGGCAGAAGAAGAAUUUUGGUCAUGGUUUUUCAUUUCUGGGUAAUAGACAACGGAAAGAAAGCAUAGCGACGGCAAAGGCGUUUCACCGGGCGCAUUCCUCGUCUCUUCCACUGGGGUUUUCACACACCCGGGGACGAAAGAUGGUGUCUUCUUUGGUUUUGAUUUAUAUAAUUUGGCCGGAAAUAGGGAGGGAAAUGGGGAAUUCUUGCUGGACAAUGGGUACACGUUACAUUAAUGGAUAAACACAUCAAUCAUGAUUAUGCAUCAGUACCUUAAG